GACGGAAUGCGGGUCUACCAAGAAUCCCAAACCCUUGCUGAUAAAGCUAUAAGGGAUAUAUCCUGCUGUCACUUUGACGUGGACUUCACCGUCGUUCUACCUCCUGCAAUCUUCGGUCCCCAACUCAGCUCUCUCACAUUCUCCCUUAGCAGUCUCGGCACAAACGGAUUCGUC